AAUGUAGCCAAUCACGGGCUUUGACUCGCGAUGUGUUCCACAUGUGUCAUUAUGGCAACCUGGUUCUGCAAAUUUUCCAAGGGAAACUGGCUUAUACGCAUCACUAUAUAUAGUCGAGUCAAACCGACCGCCAGCUUUCGGAAACAACGUGCCCAUCAUGGCAAAGGAUGCCCCGCUGGUCUCAACCAGCCUCGCCACAGUUCCAAUCGAAAGCGCAUUGUUUGGCACUUUCUUACUUCUCAGUGCCAUCUCGAUCUAUGCUAUGAUCAAGGCCGAUGGACGGGACACACCUCGCUACGGUCAUGCGGUCAACUCGGUCUCCUCUGCCUCUCUGGCGCGCACAUUCAAGCGCCCUGCAUUCAUUGUCGCGAUCGCACUUCUAAUAACAGUGACCGGUCAUUGGAUCUGUACAUUCAUGCGUCUCUUUCUGGCUAUCCUCCACUCCGAGGACCCGCUAGUCUUCUACGCAACCCUUUCCGAACCCACUGAGGUUAUUAAGACCGGUUUUCUAAUGGCAUCCUUGGUUUUGGGGGACUCGAUGAUUAUAUAUCGUUUAUGGGUGGUGUGGGACCGGAGGUGGGCUAUCGUUAUUUUCCCACUUUUGUCGGUCACAGGACUGGUUGUUGCCGGCAUUGGUAUUACCUAUCAAUUUGCUAUAUUCCCGGAGGGGCACGACGUCUUUGCUAGCGAGGCGGGUCGCUGGAUCACUUCGGACACGGUCCUCACUCUAUGCACGAACGUCUAUUGCAGCGUGCUGAUUGCUUGGCGCAUUUGGAAUAUGAGUAAAGGGUCGUCCCCGUUUGCGGUUACUGGUAAAGUUAACGUCGUCACGAAAUCCCUCAUAGUCUUCAUCGAAAGUGCUGCUCUAUACGCCAUCUGGACAAUUCUCUUCCUCGCAACGUAUCAGUCUAGAACCAACAUGCAGUUCUUCGUGGUCGACUGUUGGCCUGUCAUGGCUGGGAUAUCUUUUAUGUCAAUCAAUGCACGCAUCUUUCUCUCCAUGGAAGCCAACAACAAGCCGAAGCAUGGUUCAGGCUCUAUCCCUAGUAACCCGCGAUACCUGGCCCCGUAUACCGCUCACUCGGAGGCGAUGGUAGGACAUAACAACUACCCGCUCAAUCCAAUCGAUCCAGUCGCCGUAACAAUCAGCCAUAUCGUGGAGAACGACCAAGACCAUCCAUCGACCAGGAAAGGAGAACUGUGGGGAAGCGAUCAUGAUUGACCCCAAUAUGCCUCAAGGUACCUAGGUUCCAGGCGACAUUUCCCUAUUCUCCAGGAUGUUCAUCUUCCUGUCUCCCCCUCGACUUCCAGAAUCACUUUCACUUAGUAUCUUUGUGAUAUAUGGUUUUCUUGCUCUACGAGGAACUUGAAGUACGAACUCCUAUUCCGCGAUUGGGAUAAUCAAUAGUAGAAUCCAUUUUCAUAAGUGCCAAAUUGUCACAACCAACACCAG